AUGGAUGUGCCAAUACCUUUUGAGAAGAAGAGCACUGAUCAUUGGUUCCGCCAACGUGUGGCCUACAGUGAGGAGGCGAUCAAUGAAGCUCAGAAAGAGGCUGGACUAGCUUCUAAUAUAUUUAAGGACGUACGAGUCUACUUUGAUGGCCACACCGAUCAGAUAUCACUCAUUCAUUUGAAGAAGUUGGUGCUGAGCCAUGGCGGCACGCACAGCCACUUCAUCACAUCGUCUUGCACGCAUAUUGUCGGGUCGGCAAUGUCGCUGUCCAAGGUGGAGCAGAUGGAGCGACGCAAACGAUCAAAGAAGCGACUGUCCUUUCAACAAGGCAAGACUGUUGCCGUGCACUACAUCCAUCCCAACUGGAUACUUGACUGUUGUCGGCAGAUAAAACGUCUGAGUGAGGACAGCUACUCACUCUUCAAGACUACAACAAUGAAUUCGAACGACAUCAGGUCAUACUUGGUGAGUGGAAGUGGAAAUGGAGGUGUAGGCGAUGGUGGCGCGAACAGCAAGGACAGCGCUCAACAAGAAAAUAAGAAUAAGAAGAAGAAGAGACCAUUUGGACACGAGGACUACCUUUUAAUGAAUGAGAUAUCCGAGUAUGACUUGGUAUCACAUCUUAAGAGGAAAAGAGUCUUUGGCGUCGAUGAUAAUGAUGAUGAUGAUGAUGAUAAUGUAAACGAAGAUCAUUAUGAUAUUGGUGAUGAUGGACAAGGGCAACAACAACAAGAUGACUUUGAGACUAUAUUCUAUCAACCAAAGUACUCCUCUGUGGACUUUAUGAAGAAGGAGUGGAGGACUAAAGACGCCGUGGAAGAUGGCAACGCUCAUGGUAAUGAUGAUAACGACGAGGAACCAAUCAUGCCAGUGUUGACUCCAUUACCAACUCAAGUGAAGAGGUUACCAAGAGGACAAUCCAAAGGACUCUGA